AUGGUCACGUCACCGGACUUCACAGCAUUAGAAGCUCAGUUAAGUGAGGUACUUGGCAAGUUCAAUGAGUUGAGUACUGAAAUGGCCGCACAGAGGCGUGUAAUUGAUCAGUUGGUCGCGAGCAACAGUGGUGGUGGUGUCCCCAACGACCAAGAACCUAUCGAUAAUCACCCACCUGCACAAGACUAUCAACCACCCCACACAUCCAAUACCCAAACAACUUUCCUUCCUCCUUUCGCCAAUCCUCUUGAAAAUACCUUUACCCGACUAAACUCAGACUUUUCCUAUAUGCAUCCAAAUUAUAUAUUGGUAAACCCAACCAGUAGUCAAAUCCCUCAAACCCAUCCACGAACCAAUCUAAACGUUCCCCCCAACCCUCAGGGAUCCCACCACCACGUUGCAGAGCCUUUUGUACUGGUUACGGCAUCUCAAGGGAAAACGGCAAUAGAAGAACAACUUACACCCAUUGACAAGGAUUUAUUGAGAAGGUUGGAUCGAUUCGAUGAUUUUAUGAAAAAGAAUCAAGGGUUGAGCAAGCAUGGUGGAUUGGGGUACGAUGAAUUAUGUCUUUUCCCAGAUAUUCAGCUACCGUUGGGCUUCAAAACUCCCAAAUUCAGCAAAUAUGAUGAAACUGAAAAUCCUAAAACGCAUCUCAAGAUGUUUGCCAACAAGUUAGGUAAACCCGUGGAUGAUGAGAAUUUACCUAUGCAUCUAUUUCCGAAAAGUUUGGAGGGAGAUGCUCUAAAUUGGUAUUCAAAUUUGAAGUCUGGAGAAGUUAAAACCUGGUUGGAUCUAUCAACAGCUUUUGUGAAACAAUAUGAAUUUAACUGUGAGUUGGCACCAACACGAACCACACUGGAGGGUACGAAAAGAAAGUCGUCGGAAGAUCACAAGACCUACGCAAACCGGUGGAGAAAGUUAGUGGCCAAAGUGGAGCCUCCUAUGAUUGAGGAGGAGAUUGUUCGUACUUUUAUCAAAACUCACGAUCCACCCUAUUUUGAAGAGAUCUUUAGCAUGACUGGAAGUUCGUUUGCUGCUAUCAUUAACAAAUUGGAGGAGUACGAUGAAUUUGUCAAAGUAGGGAAGAUUGUUAAUGUGUCUGCAUUAAAGUUGCAAUUGGAUGCUCUACAAAAUCAAAGCAGCAAUGGGAAAAAGCCCCCAUUUAAAAAGAAAGAAGGAGAAACUGCCUUUGUAUGGGAUCAAGGCCCGUCUUUCAGACCCAGAAACCGUCCCACCUAUUCUUUUCCUUACCCGUAUUACAUCAAUUCUCAACCAAUCUACCACACUACUACCCAAGUCCAUCAUUUCCGACCAAGUCACUUGAAUAUCUCACUGUUACCUCUAACCCCACAACCUAUCUUUCAAAAUCACACUCGUCCUAUUUACCAUCCCAGACCAACACUGCAAAAUAAUAACCCUUCUCAAAAUCCUUUUCAAACUAGUGGAAUCCAAACUCAGAAGCAAUUUCGAACCUUCACCAACUUGGGCCGACCAAUUGAUCAAUUAUAUGAGCAGUUAAAAGCAGCUGAAAAAAUUGACACCGUUCCUCCCAAACUUUAUCCCAAAGGCAUUCCUCCAGGUUAUGAUAUGCAAGCAAUUUGUGCUUAUCAUUCUGGAAGUCCAGGUCAUACCACUGGCAAUUGUUUGGCUUUAAAAUAUAAGAUUCAAGACAUAAUUGACUUUGGAGACAUCCUUCUCAGAAGAAAGGAAGAACAAGGACCGAAUGCCAGUAAGAAUUCUUUACCUGAGCAUGGGAGCACUGUGGGAGUUAUUAUCGCUGAUGGAGAUUUUAUCGAUCCCACUCAGUACAUUGUAAAUGAAACUGAGGUGUUUGGCGUAAUGGAGACUGACCACGCCAGAAUGAGAAAAUUGUCUUCUGUUGAAAAGUCCAUGGCCAAUGAUAAUGUUGAGGAAAAGUUGAAAUCUUUUGUAUUUGAAAAGGAGGAGCCAUUUAUAGCGGAAGGGGGAGUUUUUGAGGUUGACAAAUCUCCUUUUAUUUUGGAUCUACCUUCUUUUGAAUGGGAUAUAUCAGAGCCUAUCAUUCUUGAAUUUUCGGAACAAAUGCCUGUCAAUAACCUGCAAGAGGUGCCAUGA